AUGGAAUUAUCAAACAUUUCUAUUUUUGCUAUUAUUCCAUAUAAAACAGAAUGUAUAAUCUAAUCAGUCAAUCAAAUACCUUAUUAAUCUUUCUCUUGUUUGGGUGAAUCCUUUUCUAGAGUAUCUCCUAAGAUUUUACCUUUAUUUUAUGAUGAAGCACUGGAUACAACAGCAAUUUGUGUUCUUAAUAAAAUGAAAAUGCAAAAAAGUGAUGAAAACGUUAGUGUUGUUGAAAUCUCUCCAUUUAAAUCCAAUAUGACAAUUUCAUAGCUGUUGUUUAAAGAUAUUAAUUGUGAAACUUGUGAUAAUGGAUUAUUAUAUAUUCAACUUAAAGAAAAGCACAGCUAUUUAGAUAUUAAAUCGCUCAAUGUUGAAAGAAAUUAAUGUGGAAAAUCCAGCUGUAUUAAUAUUAUUAAUAAUAUGCAAUCACGUCGUAGGCUCUAAAAAUUAAUUCCUUUUGUUAAUAGCAAAAAUUACUAGGUAAAUUUAUUAAAUUAUAUUUGUUAAAAAAACUAAGGUUAUGAAGGUACAUGUUUAAGAAUAUAAAAUAUAACGACGUUGAUCAUUUCUUCUAUCCUAUAAAAAAAUAUAGCUGCUAACAAAGGAGGAGCAAUUUUGGUUAUUGGAAUAGAAGAUUUCUACAUAGAACAAUCAAUAUUAUAGGAUAAUAGGGCUAAUAUUGGAGGUGGGAUAUUUAUGACUGAUUAAAUGAAUUAAAACAUGACACUUUUAGGCUCACUAGUUUAAGAUAACAUUGCAAAACUGUAUGGAAAUAAUGAAGCGUAAAUACCUUCUUAAUUGGCUAUUUCUGUAGAUGCUGUGAACUAUCUACCAAAAAUUAAAAUACUCUAAACAGAAAACUUAGUAAUUGAAUAAAUACACAUAAAGAAAUAUGAAGUUUUUAGGAAUGUAUUUUCUGAUACUCUCUACUUUCCGAACGGACAAACAGUUUCAGAUUAUAAAUAUUUUGAUUGGUAGAAGGAGCAAUAUUACCCUUACAAUUUGCAUUUAAGAAUAGUAGCACUAGAUCAAUAUGAUUCUAUUAUCAACAAUUUACAAAAAACAUCAUGUUCAAUCAAAGGUAGACUACUUGAUGAUGAAUUAGAAAGACUAUUCACAAACAAUUUUACAAACCAAGAGAACAUUGAAUUUGGGUAUAAGGACUAUAAUUUGGAUUAACUGAUAAUAUAUUUAGAUGAUGAAUUAAAUAUGACUUUGCAACUUUAAUUUAACUGCAGUUCAAUUUUUAUACCAAUAAGAGGUGAUAAUAAAUAAAUAGAGUCAUAUCAUCAAAAUUAUUAUUUGAGAAUGAAUGUCAAGACAUUACCAUGUCAACUGGGUGAAAUUAAAAAGACUUCAAAUAAAAUCUGUGUUCCUUGUGAUCCAGAAUUAGGAUAAUAUUCUUUAGUUAUUAAUUCUUAAAGAUGUUAGGUUAAAGAUGAUGUUUCAACAAAGGAAAUUAAAUCAGCUUAACUGAAUCUAAGAGAGGGAUUUUGGAGACCCUACUUCAAUAGUGACUCUAUUGAUUAAUGUAUUAAUUUACCAAGAAAUUGCAACGGAGGUUGGUCUCAAGGAGAUAAUUCGUGCUCUAAUGGACAUAUUGGUGCUUUAUGUGAAGAAUGUGAUAUAUAUGACAUUAGAGGAUCUGGACAUUUUUCAAAAAGUGUUUAAUAUUCUUGUAGUUCUUGUCUAAAUAAUUCUAAAAACAUUGUCAUAAUCAUAUUAGUCAGCAUUUGGACAUUAAUAUCUAUUUUCAUAUCUGUGAAGAGUACUGUAGCAUUGCUUAAUUAAAUAGCAAUUUAAAUAUAAAUGACAAAAUUAAGGUUCAUUAAAAAUUCAAUAUAGUCUUAAUCUGCUAUUCUUAUAAAGAUGCUUACUAAUCAUCUUCAAAUACUGACAGCAAUAACUACUUUUAAAAUAAAUCUCUCAACUGGUUUAACUAACGCCUUAAAUGCAAUAGGCAACCCAAUACAAACUAUGGCAUAUUCAUUAGAUUGCUUCUUAAUUUAUAUGUUUUCUAUGGAAAUUCAUUACGCUAGAAUAAUAUGGCAAUUAAUUAUGCCUUUCAUAUACAUUUUUCUAUUUUUAGGUAUAUAUUACAUUACGGUAAAAUGUGGUGCAAUUAAAUACAGUUUGAGUGUUAUUACUACUACAUUUAUAUACAUUUACAUAUAUAUUCAACCAAACUUGGUAGGGGGUUUGAUAUCUUUAUUAUCCUUUAGAUAAAUAUCUGGAUAUUAAUGGAUUCAAGCUAAUGUAGCUUAUAGAUAUGAUACAUCCCAGCAUAUUAUUUGGCUGCUAGCUUUUUGCUUGCCUGGGUUAUUUUUAUUUGCUCUUCUCAUACCAUCUCUAUUUUUCAUAGCAUUAUACAUUAAAAGAGAUGUUUUGAAUGAGAAAAAAAUUAGACAACAAUUUGGAUAUUUAUAUAAUGAAUAUAAAACAGGCGCUUUUUUUUGGGAAAUUGUUAAAAUUGUAGAAAAAGAAUUGCUUAUUAUCUUUCUAUCAUAUUAUGACGACAAUAUCAUUCAGAAAGGUACUCUUGUGUUACUUGUUGUUUAUUUAUAUUCAGAAUUAAAUCAUAGAUUUAAACCUUAUAAUAUGAGUACUCUUAAUAAUUUAGAUGCCCUUUCAGCUAAAGUUUGCUAAAUUUCAAUUAUAUUGGGAUUUGGGAUAUAUAUCGAUGAACUUUAUGGCAAUUUUGAAAUUCAAAUACCUUAUUUCAUAAUAUUGGCUAUGCUCAACUUAUUUUAUUUUAUGUUGCUUUUUAAUGAAAUAUUAAAAUCUUAUUAUUUAGAAUUGGAAGGCAAAUUUGAUAAAGUGAGGGACAAGUUAUCUGUAAUCGCUCCUUGGGCUGUGAAACAUCCAUAUUUCAGAAAGUACCUAGAAAAUAGCACUCAAAGAAGAAAACGAAUCUAAAAUUAGUACCAAAAGAUUAAGAAAUAUUUAUUUAGUUAUGCCAAACCCAUUAAAGAGUUGAAAGAGAAUCUUAAUUCCCUUUCAACUCAAAUUAGACCUACAAAUUCCAAUCCAUAAAUAUUACUAAAUUAAGAAUAAGUAAAGAAGCUACCAAGUAAAUUUGAGUUUUUGAAUGACAAUUAUUAAAGUAGAGCAAGCAUAGUCAUCAGUUCAUUUUGA